CGUCUCUGCGCCCGACAACCACAGCCCAGUCCAGCAGUGACGCAGACUUGUUCAAGGCAACGAACCAUCAACUCUUCAACACCAGGCUGCAAACGAGUGCGUGCCCUUCUCGACCCUUCGACAUUCUUGACCCUCCCGGUUCUUGUCAUAUGCAGGGAACGCCGUAAUCAAUCCGAAACUCCGACUAUUCCAGUUUCCCUUCCCACACUACGUUAGUUGCUCCUAUAGCCAGCCGACAAUAAGGUGCCGAACGCUCGUCUCGCAACCCUCCCGAGAGCCACCGACUCGGAGCCCAACCCACCAUGCCUCCUCCUCCUCCGCCGCCGCCUCCUCCGCCACCCGGCUUUGGCGGGCCACCCCCUCCACCUCCACCUCCGCCACCAGCCGCUGCCGCGCCGGCGAGAGGCGCCCUCCUCGCCGACAUUACCAAGGGAAAAGCGUUGAAGAAGACCGUCACGAAUGAUCGCUCCGCACCGAUAAUCGGCAAGGUGUCGUCCGUUGGCGGCCCGGGCCCCUCUGGCCUCGGCGCACCUCCUAUCCCGGGUCUGCCCAAGAACCCUGGUGGCCUUGCCCCUCCCGCUCCCGGACUCCGAGCGAGGAGCAACAGCGAUCAAAGCGACCGAACGCAACCGGCGGCAUCAAGCGACGGGCCACCACAGUUAGCCGGUCUGUUUGCCGGGGGUAUGCCGAAGCUGCGGAAGACGGGGGGUGGCGUAGACACGGGAGCAAGUCGAGACGCCACUUAUCUCUCUGAUUCUGAGGCACUCCCGCGAUCCGCUCCAAGACCACCCGCCGCGCCUGCUCCGCCCAUUCCUGGCAGGCCGUCCUUCCCAGGUGCAUCCAGCGCUCCGAGCUUGAAUAUCCCAAAAAAGGGGCCACCCCCUCCGGUCGGCAAGAAGCCGCCUCCGCCGCCUCCUGGGUCUAGGAAACCUUCUUCAACCGUCUCUUCUGCGGCCCCGCCUCUACCUGGCGCGCCAGCACCCCCGCCUCCCUCCUCAGCGUUGUCACCUCCUCCAGCUCCCCCGCCGCCGCCUCCUCCAUCCGCAGCCCCACGACCGCCGCCUGCCCCGGCGCGGUCACAACCACCUCCACCCCCGCCAUCGGCAUCAACAAGCAGCAUCUCGCAGAGUAUCGCGGCACAGGCAGCCAUCCGCGCUGCAUCCAGCGUUGCCCCACCUCCAGGCGCAGCACCCCCUCCACCACCACCUCCUCCGCUUCCCAGCGCACCACCCCGCUCAGCACCUCCGAGCUCCCCACCACCGGCGUCCGCUCCUCCUCCUCCUCCCCCUCCGCCUCCGCCUUCCGCAGCGCCGGCACCGCCCCCGCCACCAUCCGCAGCACCAACUCCACCACCACCCCCCCCCAUCUCGCACUCUGCGUCAAGCGCAUCAGGGCGAUCGUCGAUGCUCUCGAUGCUCGACCCAAGCAACUUCACUCUCACGCCAAACGGCGGAGGCGCCAGCAAGACGCCCAGUCCGGGCCGUGGGCACUCGCCCUCGAAUGGGUCUCCUGCCGCCGCGCAGGCCGGAGCGGGCGGCGGCAGCCGCUAUGUAGUUCAGGACACGCGGUGGAAGUUCCACGGCGAGGAUAAUUUCCCAAAGCCCAGGAGUUUUGUGGGUGGGCCGAGGCGGUAUCGUGCUGGGAGGGGGAGCAGCGUGCCGUUGGAUUUGAGUGCCCUGUAAGGCUAGUCUGGGCGGAUUCGAUGGUUAGGGGUGGUAUGAGAAUGUGAAACGGGGUGAGAGGGUUGUUGCGGUGAAGAGAGAAGGAGAGGUUGAGUGGUGAGUGGUGAGUGGUGAGUGGUGAGAUUGGGUGUGGUGGAUGUGGGGAGGAGGUUUACGGUAAAAGGGCCGCAACUCGAUGUUCGUGAGAGACGUCCUGUGGCAAAGCAUGGUUUGGUCGCUGAUGGGGCAUUGCUGUGACUUGUUGGGGGAGUGGUUUUUGAAGUGGGAAGCCCUUGUGUAGGUAGACACGAGUGCUCUUGCAUGCUUUGCAUUUUGUCUGAUCCCCCCCUAGACGAUCAUGGAUAUGGUUCAAACGUUACAUCUGCCUCGCUGAAUCUAGCUUCG